CGAGACGAGCAGAGUGAAGUCAGAGAUAGGUGUCUGCGGAGACAGGGGUGAUAAGGUUUGCAUUAGCAUAGCUCGGAAAGAAGGUUAUUAGCCUGAGUUACGGAGGUCGGGAGAUGGCAGAAGUGGUGAUGGACCGUGAGGCGAGAUCUCCUCCAGCCGCCCCGACAGACGCGGAGGAGGACAAUACCAGGCUUCGAGAAUUAUCAAGGAGAUGCUACGAGGAUGGGGUGAUGACCACCAACAUCGAUCCGGGGGUGAUGAGCGGUGAAGGUCGAGAGGUCAGAUUUAAAGUCAAUAGGACAAUCGACGAGGUUAAAAUAGACUGGCUGAAAGAACACACGGUCACGGUUAUAUUCCGCGAAGGUGCACGAUUCUUGUCUCGCAAAGUCAAAGAAGAUAUAGUAAGAGCGUUUGAAGACGAGAAGGUGGCGGAUGGUUCAUUUGAAGCUUCGUCUUUCAGUCGGGGAAGAGUGAAAAUUGAGAGUCCCAACGUUCUAUCAUACGUAGCGAAGAACUCGGCCAUAGCCACAUGGUUAAUCCUCAAAGGAAGGGAUGAGCUGUCGAUUGGAUCAAACCGAUAUGUACUGGAAUUUAAGCCGUGGCUAACAAAGGCUCAGUUGAGGCUUCGAAGACAGGAAGAAGACGAUGCAGGCUUUUGGGUAGUCGCCGUUCAAGUACCAUUGGACGCAUUCUUCUAUCUGGAAGCACAAGUGGCACGUGCGAUUGGACCGGUGCUGCGUACUUAUCCGGCGGAGCAGGACCGUUUGAAACCGGCAUUGAUCAACAUCAAGUUUGACAUUGACCCGACAUCACAAGGCAACAUGAAAGAUCGCAUAAGGGUUGAUACAUGCGAAGGCGACGAGCUCGAAGUCAGAUUGGCGUCUUCGGAGACUCCGAGGUGCAGAAGAUGCAGAGCGUAUUUUCAUACGGAAGCAGAUUGCAGAAGAAAUAGACAACAGGCCCCGGGGGAGUCAUCCCAACAAGGCCAUGCAGCAACGGCAAGCCGUCCACUAUAUCAGGGCGUGAUGGGACCAGUGGGGAGUCAAGAAGGGGGGGGCAGUGGUCCAAACUUCCCUAAUGGAGGAGUGCCUGUAGGGAGCGGAAGUGGACCACUGGGCUCUUCGGGAUGGAUUGUGGGUGGAGCAGGAACCUCUUUGAUGGGAGGAGUAUCCAUGAGUUCGGUUCCAGUAACACAGCAAGCAGCGUAUGCUGGAGCCCCCUUGAGCUUUCUCCAUGCAAACCCUGUCGUCGGCCGAUUAACCACUAAUCCUAUUUAUUCGCCGGAGAUGCAUGCCACUCUGAGUGGCAUCUUUCAGAUGUCAGGGCUUCAUCCAUGGUUGGCACCUCCAUUGGGUUCCCAAUUCAGGGACUCGACACUCUUUCUGUAUGGAGAUCCAAUCAGUGGUGCGAUGCAGCAGCAGUUCUGAAUGCCUUUGCAGACGGGGCAACUACAAGUUCCAUGGAGGCCGCCACCUGGAGGUCUUCGGUCGGAGGUUCACCAGUCGGAAGCUUCGCCUGUACUAAGAACAGGCCACAUGGAGAGGCAGGAGGCCUCGACUUCGUCCUCAGCCAAUCUCGAAACUCGAUCAUCGUUUGGGAAACAGAGACGGUUAGACGGGAAUGUCUCAACUUCAUCACUCUUCAGGAACGAGGAUGGUUUGCCGCCUACUGGCUCGGAGAAUUCACUGAAUUCGAUACCUG